CCAUUCUUCACCAAUACAUUUUUCUUCAUCCUCAUUCAUUCACUCAUUCAUAAACCAACCAUCCCAUUUUCUCUCCUUUCCUUGUUUGUUGCUAUUUCAGAAAACCUCGUACCACAAUGUCGGCUCCAGUGGACCAUACUGAUAAAGGGGUUGGAGCUGUUCCCCAAUCUACAGUUACACCAAAUUGGACUAUUCAAGUUUCUGAUAUAAAAACAGUUAAGGUAAGCAAUGUAACAGCUGCUGCUACAGAGAACGAUAUCAAAGAAUUCUUCUCAUUCUCUGGUGACAUUCAAUAUGUCGAGAUGCAAAGGGAUACUGAGCACACCAAGACUGCGUAUGUUACCUUUAAGAAUACGCAGGGAGCAGACACAGCAGUGCUCUUGACGGGUUCCAACAUAGCUAAUGCGUCUGUCAUCAUCACACCGGUUGAAAAUUAUCAACUGCCCCCUGAAGCUCAACCCUUUAGUCCGGACCGAAAGCAAACUCCCGCUGCUGUUAAGAAGGCUGAAGAUGUGGUGAGCACUAUGCUUGCCAAAGGUUUUGUAUUAGGAAAAGAUGCAAUUGGCAGAGCGAAAUCCUUUGACGAACGCCAUCGCUUGAGUUCAAACGCUUCUGCCAAAGUUGCUUCCCUUGAUCGUAAAAUCGGAUUGAGCGGAAAACUAAGUGUUGGAACAGCUUUAGUAAAUGAAAAAGUGAGGGAGAUGGAUGAAAAAUUUCAGGUUUCUGAAAAAACAAAGUCUGCUCUUGCAGUUGCUGAGCAAAAGGCAAGUGAUGCGGGAUCUGCUAUCAUGAACAAUCCUUAUGUAUCGACCGGAGCUUUAUGGGUGUCAAGCGCAAUUAAUGCUGUUGCAAAAGCAGCUGAAGAUGUGACCACAAUGACUAAGGAGAAAGUUGAAAUGGCUGAGGUUGAUAAGAAAGAGAUCGUUUACAGCGAAAAGAAAGAUUCUGUUGCUGAAUUGGCACAGAUACAUUCUGAGAAACCUUCAGCUGGAGGCUCUCCUCCAACAGUUACUGCUAAAUCAGGUGAUGAUACUAAGUUGGCGAACAUAUGAAACUCGAGCUCAUUGUCAAAUGUUCAUGAAUCAUGAGUACAGUUGCAUUGGUUUAGUUUUGCUAAUUAGUUAUAGUCAGUCUUCAUUCAAUCUUCUACUGCUGGAAGUUGUUCUGCUUGAUGAAAUUUUUUGUUAAUUGUUAUAUUAAUGUAAAAGUUGGCUAAUAGACUUGAUUCUUAAGUAUGUAUGGAUGAACAUUUAUGAAAAUGUAUUGAUCCCUUAGAUGGGUAUGAUGGAUAAUGCUCUAUAUGGAGA